UUUACCAUGCGCUUUCCCCUUAUGUCACUUACAAUAUCGAUAGUCGCAUUGUUUAGGCGGUCAGAUUCGUAUCUUAGAGAAAAUACGUGUUCUUAAUUUAAACACAAUAAUAAAUGACAAAUAAUAUUAAUAAAAGAGAUUCAGACGUUGUCAAAGUUUGUUAAUAACACAUUUACAAUGGCUGGCAUUAUGCCAUUGUCAGGAAGACCCGGUAGAAAACAAUGGACGUUACACGGUGAUGGAACACGUGGUUCUCUUAGACGAUUACGGUCUCAAAUGGCUGAAGACGGAUGUCCAGAAUCUCAAGUAGUUUUAGCUAAACAACUUUUGGAUGAAAGAUGUGAUUUGGAUGUUAAUAAAGAAGAAAAUGCAAAAUUGGGUGUUUAUUGGUUAACCAAAGCCUCGGAGCAAGGCAAUUUAGAGGCAACAGAAAUUCUUAAACAAUGUUUAGCUACUGGUCGUGGAAUCACCGAACACAAUUACUACGAUGUCAAAAAUUGUUUGGAUAUGACACAGGAUGAAAAACUAGCUAAAAAAGCUGCUAGGGAAAUGUUUACUAGUUUAUCAAACGGUGAGGAUUUUAUUACAACUGAACAAUUACAAAGAUGUAUGAGGGAUGUGACAUUUCCAUCUAGUAGUAAAUUCAGUAGUUGUCAAUCACCUAAAUCAUCGGCUAAUACUUCAGAUGAAAAGUUAAAUGAUGCUUUAAGUAAUAAAUUUACUAAAACUGAGCUUCCUGAAGAUAAUACAUCUACGAAAGAAGAAAGUAAAGUACACAAUGUAACUUAUGAUUGGAUGGGUCAUCAAAGUGAAAAAAUAACAGAAGCAGCUUUAGUAUCGGCAGCUACAAGCUAUGCUCAUGGAAUGCUCCCAAUGGUUUCUCGUACAUUAUGUAUGGUAGAUUCGCUUGAAAUGGAAUUAGCUACCAUUCCUCUUUUACAAAGACCAUUUAUUCAUCCAUUAGCAUCCUUAAAGUGUUUCUAUAUUUGGUUAAUAGAGAUGAUAGGUCAUAAGACUAGACCGAUUAUAAAAAUUCUUUUCGCAUCAAACAUGCAUAUACUUCUAUUACUUUUGUUAUAUUCUUUGUUCGGUACAGAAAGUUUAAUACUUUUCAUUCCAAUGGCACUUUAUUAUUUGUCUUUCAUUGUAAUGGUUAUUUCUACUUUACAGAUGUUACACAGAAAACAUAAGUUGAAUAAUUUCCGUGUUUGGUCGCGCUUAUUCCUCAGUUAUUCAGGUGGUAAUUUAAAUCCUGACGAAGCAGAGUAUCAAUUUUGUUGCAAUAAUUUAAAGCCCUAUGGUCAUUUUUUUCUCGCUUUAUUGCUUAAUCUAAUGGUUUAUCCUAUGAUAGCUCAUCAAUGGACGCCGCAAUCAGAAUUUACCAUUAUUGCUGUUACUUUAACAUUAGUGACAUUACUCAAUUUUAUGUGGAAUAAUUCACCUAAUUUUCCUGAUCUUUUAGCUUUGUUUAGUUUUUGCGUGCAUGUACUCGCAAAAUAUCCUUACGAAUUAGAUAUUGUUGUAGCACAAAGUUGGAGAUUCCUCGAUAUAAGAGUACCUACAUUUGCUUCCUACGUUGUUGGUAAUGGUAUUGAAUUUUGUCUCAAUUUUCGUGUUGUUUUUUAUUUGUUGAUACCAGCAGUCUUUUGUAAAAUGGCUGCUAGAGACAAUUGGCGUGGGACAUAUAAAACUUUGAUUCCUCAUUGCGUUACCAUAAGUUGGUGGCAAAUAGCAAUAUUUAGUUCACAAAGUAGAACAUGGUAUGGUUUAAUUAGGGGUGCUCUCGCAUUAGUCGGUAUAGUACUUUUUCUUCCAAUCGUUGGUUUAGCUUCAAUUAUUUUACCAAUUAUAGCAGCUGCAAAAUAUUUGUCCGAAAGCGAUUUAGCAAUGAGAAUAAUUGUAACUGCCAUACUAGGAGGUUUACCAUUCAUUGCAUCUUGGUACAUGAGAAGAUUAAGAACUCCAAGAUUUAAUUGGAUCAUUACUGUAGUCCAGCUCAUUUUAGGCACAAGCGCUGCUAUAUUUUUAUCAUGGCAAGUUAUAACGGAAUAUAAAGAAGAUUCGGAUAACAAUUCAUAUGAAAUUGCAUCUACGUUAUCGUGGGAGCAAUACCAAAAUCAUUGUCAUCAACCUGCGUGGGAAGAUAUAUCAUCGAAAGCACAAGUACAAAUAGAAUGUGCUCACUUGGAAGGCAUUCCAAUUUCAUGGGAAGGUUACGUAACAAAUGUUAGAUUAAAAUCAAUUAAAAAUAAUAUUGCUACAAUAUUACGUAUGCUACCUGACAGUAUUAGAACUACAUUCAGCUGUACAUAUGGUGAGCCAUAUAAAGAAAAUUGUGAUUCGUACGACGAAAUACGUAGAAAAAAUUGUGAACACUUUGUAAAUAUUCAAAAGAAAAGGCAUAAGUGUCAUUUUCCUGCAUGGGAUCAAUAUGAAUUUGAAAUUUUUGUCAAAAUGAAAAGCGGUAUAUGGGGAAAUAAUGCAGAAAUUGUCCUUAUUGCGGAUCACUCGUUUACUAAUUUUAGUCUAAAUGUAUAUCCACAAGAUAAAAUUUGGUUUUCUGGCACUUUAUCGAACACAGGUUUAGAAAAGGAAUCAUUACUUGGUGGUGGAGAACCGCACGUUGAAUUAGACGAAAUUAGUUGUUUAGCUUGCCAUUCUGUUGACCUAAAAUCUUUUAAACGACACAAACAUCACAUAACAUUAAGUUCAAUUGUCAAUAACUUUUGGCUUGGUAUAAAGACUGUUCUUAAUUUUCUAUUAAAUCCUAUUGUUCUAUUUAAGUAAUUCUCAUACAUUCGUUAUAUAUAUAUAU